GAAAUGUCGCAGGGAAUGUCACAGGGAAUGUCGCAGUCGCAAAAGUCAUGGGGAAUGUCGCAGGGAAAGUCAUGGGGAAUGUCGCAGGAAAUGUCACAGGGAAUGUCGCAGGGAAAGUCACAGGGAGAACCACAAAAACCGCAGGAUGGUGCAAAGGCUCCACAAUUAUUACAAAGUGGAUUCAACAAUGUAGAUUCUACAAUUGGUACUUUACAACGUUUAGAUAAUUGCAUGCGACGAAGAUUAUUUAAUCACGACGAUUAUUGGGUUUAUUGUAUUUUGAAUUUGGGAUUGAAUAAGCAAGGAGAGAUGGAAUUAGCACCGAAAGAAUCAAAAAAGUUGAAAGGAGACUGUAAAUUUGAUGCAUUUUGUUUAUGA